UUCUCGUGGAGGAGCGUCGGUGGGGAAACGAAGCCGCCGCGAAACGAGCCGGAGUCGCUGGACCCAAGCAAUGCUGCACAUCUGGCCGGACUCGCUGCAUCCGGGACUUUGUAAUAUCAUCGUAAAUAACUAACAGCAGUUAAGAAAGCUGGAGAAAUUCACAGUGCGCGAUUCCGGGAGACUUUUCAGACUGCUGAUGGUCGCUUUUCCUGUUUUACCUGGACGAAUCGGUCACGUUCUUCGACGCGAUUAACUGCCGAAAUUACUGUACCGCAUUCGUUUAACACGUUUAAUUUCACUUUGUUAAACGGCAUUGCUUUGAAUCUUCCUAAAGCAGGUCAGUUCCAGCUCCGUUAUUUUUCUUUCCCCUUUCUCCAAAGCAAUCUUUCACAACAGGGAUACUCCUAGGAUAUAAUGUGACUCACUUCCCUGAUGUGGGUAGCAGUGUAACGGCGACUCAUCCUCGCUGGCAGCCGCUAAACAGCUGGUUUGGGGCUCUUGCUGUAGCGGCGGUGAAUAAACGCGGCGCCCGUCCCCCCUGACGUCAUUUUCCACGUAAAACAUCUGUCAAGAUCUUGCCCGGCAGGAGAAUCUCUUUAAGUAAAUGCAGAUUCUUUAAAUAUACUUUUUUUCAGGGUCCGAGUGGAGAAGAGUGGAGUAGUUUUACAAACCCUACAAGGUCCUACUGUGGCAAACAAGUAGUUUAGUGUGGCCUCGUGUUUCUUACCCGCUCGGACUCCGAGGGCCACUUCGAGACUCCAGAGGCGGAGAGUCCAGUGCACAGCGGCGGGAAGGGAAGGGCAGAGCUGGAGGACCAGGCCAGAGACAGCCCAGAUAUCCGGGAGAAUGUACAACAGUUGAUCUCUGAUUCGGUUGUGCUUCCAAACCCAUCGGUGAACGAAAGCGCCAACGAUGAGCUGUCUUUAGUACCACCAGCCGGCCUCAUGGGCGACGACGCGAGAGAGGGGGAGGCCGUUGGAGUGCUCAGUAGCAUGGAGGGUGACCAAAAAACCCCAACAGGUAUGGAGACCCCCUCAAGUCCAAUAUCACAACUGAAGCCCCCCAGCAACCCAGUAGAAGUCGGCGACAAGGAGCUUUGCAAUGGACACACUGAAGUCAAGAGCAAUAGUGUGUCAAAGGCCAGGCCCCCCUCCUUGAAGAUUCCAUGUACGCGAAAUGGGCCAAGCCAGGGCGACGUGGAAGAUGAGAUCCCCAUCUCAAAGUCCAGCUAUAACUUUGACCCAGACCUGUACAAUGACAGCAUCAACCCCUUUAACACUGGCAGCUCUAAGGUCCGAAAUUCCCCACCUCCUUGCAGUGUCAACACCGGGGAAGCAGAAGUUGCGGGAGACCUUCCUCUGGACGCCAAGCCUGUUGCCAUGGAGUUUGGUGUGGAGGACAAUGGGGAAAUUGGGGUGGCCAAGAAGCCAAUAGCACAGCGGAAGCCGGGCAAGAAACCAAGCAGCAAAGUAACCCCCAAGAGGCAGAAGCCCAAGCCUGUUGUACCUGCCCCAGAAUCUGCCCCUGAGCCAUCAGCACCAACUAGCCUGGAUGAAGUCCCCAUCCCUGAAACCUCAUACAACCCUGACCCCAGUCAAUGGGAUGAUCCCAACUUUAACCCAUUUGGGGGCAACUCCAGAAUGAGCGGUUCUCCAGUGCUCCCCAAGGGGUCUUAUAGCUUUGACCCCAACAAUUUUGAUGACUCUGUGGACCCCUUUAAGCCCUCCAAAAAUAUGGCUGUGGUAGCACCCACAAGUAUGACCAAGAGGCCAGACAAUGAACUGGAAAGCAGGAAAGUGGAGCUCCCCCUAGAGGAGGAAGUGAAGGGCAGUCAGUCGCCAAAGAAGAACAAGGGGCGAAUGAUAACGACAACCGAACAAGUGAGAUUUCUCUGUUUUCUGUUGGGUGCGUGUAAAGUCAAGAAGUAUGACAAUCAGGCCUUGGUUUUGGACAUUUGUGGUGAGGAGGACGAGCCAGUGGUCUCUCAGAAUCCCAUCACUGCGCACAGCGUGGGCCACGCCACUGACGAGGAGAAGCUGGCCUCCACAACGACAGGACAGAAGCCGGGAAAGGCGAAUGAAGAAAAGAAUGGAACUGAAGAGGCAGUGGAAGCACCCCAGGUGGGAGUACCGGAAGACCUGGAGAGCAAAGGCUCCUGCCAUCCGUAUGAGGACCCGUGCAGGACUCAGAGCCCGAAGCUGACAGACAGUGAGGACCCAGGGAAAGGCAGCCCUGUCCUAGACAGCAUCUGCAUCAGCGAGGCAGACAAAGCGGCCGUUCUGGCGCUGAUCAGAGAGGAGAUCAUCACUAAAGAAAUAGAAGUCAAUGAGUGGAAGAGAAAAUAUGAGGAGAGCAGGCAGGAGGUCAUGGAAAUGAGAAAAAUUGUUGCAGAAUAUGAGAAUACCAUCGCGCAGAUGAUUGAGGACGAGCAGCGCUGCAGUUCUGGAUCCCGACGGAGCAUCCAGCAGGUGACCGUGGAGAGAGACCAGGCCCUGGCCGACUUAAACUCGGUGGAGCGUUCGCUCUCCGAUCUCUUCCGGAGGUACGAGAACAUGAAGACUGUGCUUGAAGGAUUCAAGAAGAAUGAAGAAGUGCUGAAAAAGUGUGCCCAGGAGUACCUGGCACGAGUGAAGCAGGAGGAGCAGCGAUACCAGACCCUAAAGAUUCAUGCUGAGGAGAAACUGGAGAAAGCCAAUGAUGAAAUAGCUCAGGUUCGCGCCAAAGCCAAUUCAGAAAGUGUGGCUCUCCAUGCCAGCCUGAGGAAAGAGCAGAUGAAGGUAGACUCUCUGGAAAGAGCCCUGCACCAAAAGAAUCAAGAGAUAGAGGAGCUCACCAAGAUCUGCGACGAACUGAUUGCAAAGUUGGGGAAAGUAGACUAAAAAAACAUAAAUGCUACAAAGCCAGUAACUGAAAAAAACGAUGUCAAGGCCUGACCCUCAGUCCCACUCAUACUCUUUCUCCUAAAUACUGUGCACAUGACAGCUAGCGCCACCUAGCAGCACUCACCAGGCUUGCAACAAGGGAUGGGCGUCGCGUUCCGGCAUUUUCUCUGCCCUUCAGACGCAGCGUUGCCACUGAUAGCUGGCCCGUGCAGAUUCGCGUCUCCCUUCCAAAAUCCAAAAGGCUUGGGACUGAACAAUCUUAUGAACAUUUAAUACACAAGACUGAAAAAAAAACCUUCAUGUAAAAAAAUGGGAUGCUAAGACGUGUAGCUGGUCGUGCGGACACUCUGUGUUUGUGGUCGUUUGGUUGUGUUUUGGAUCUUUAAUUGUAGUUAAACCAGAAACAGAGGAGAUAAACCCUUCUGCUGCUCUUAGCCCUCAGGCUGAGGCCUCGGUGCCAGCCAAGGUCCUGGGUGGGAAGAGGCUGCCACUUUGUUCUUGGGCCUUGGGCGGGAUCUCAGAACUGUCGAAACACACCGGAGCCUCAUAACCAGUCUGCAGUCGUCCUGUAGCGCAUCCCACCAGCCGCUUUCUUGUGUUUACACAGCCAGACUGCUGCUACCAGGUCAGCAAGAUGUGACCGGUUUGGUAUCUCCGUCUAUCAUUAUCAGCCAACCUGAAAUGUACAUACAAUGAAUUUCGGUGGUCCUUGUUGCCCUUGGCGUUUUUAAAUGUGCUGAAUUGUGUCUGUUUCAAGGGCCGGUAAAAACCAAGUAUGUACAGAACAUAUGUGUAUAUUUCGUUGUUGAUAGGUAAUAAUCUGAUUUAAUAAUAAUUUUGAUAUUAUCACCUAGAAUUAUGAUUUUCUGAUUAUCUAAGCACCAUGGACGUGGCUGAUGUUUAGCGAAUCACUUUCUAGAAAACAGCAGCCUCUCAUUCAGACGGAAUUCCCGAUCUAAUUGGUCCAAUUUAAUUUGGGUAAAUGUUUGGAAUUGCUUAAUUAAAGAGACACAAGCCAGGCAACUAAAUGGUUUUUAAUAACUUCUGUAACAGAAAUAGUUGUACAAUGUGUGUUGUUAUGUACAACCAACCUCUUCCCCAAAUACAAGAAAGUUCCAUUUGGAAGUGCACAGUAUUUAGCAAUAACUUUCCCACCCAUCAUAAAUGACGUUUGGAGGAAUUACUCUUCAGAAUUCACUGUAUUACUGUUCAGUGCCGUUACCAUUAAUAGCAAACAGUAAUCAAUCAUCGAGUUUAAAUGGGUUGAACAGCUUAGUGAUUGACAAUGCAUGAUAAUCCUUCCCUAGAAUAGGUUAGAAAGAGCACUUGGCAGCUUACAACGUAGCGUACCAAACAUAUGAAGGUGUUGCACUUGUGUAUCAGUGUUGAGACGGGAAGGUAAUUUACGUCACACCUUUAUGCCAACGAGCCAAUGAACCGAAAUGUCAGCAUGCGACGAGAGCAGAAUCGUACGUGAUUUAUACGAUACGUAUAUGAAGUACAAUAACCCUGAAGACUGUUGAGCACGCCAGGUGAUGUUCACUGGUGUUGUAUUUACGAGCGCAGUUGCAUUUGUAGGUCAUUGUACAUAAAACACUUCUGGGAAGUUAAGUGUAGGAGAUGCAUCCUUUUGUUGAAGAUGGUGUGUGUGCUAUGAAUUGCAAUAAUGCCCACAUCUUUAUGUACAGUCUGAUUGUAGUGUAUCCUGCAUCAAGUUAGAUUAUGAGCAUUGCAAAGGUUUAUUGUGACAACAGAAAAUGCCGCAGAUCUGCACUGAAUCGCUGUGCCCACAGUGUCCCUCGCAGUGACCCUCGCAGUGACCCUUUUCCACUGGCUGCGCCGCAUCUCAGACCAUGUCAGUCACCAGAAUAUGUAGCCGUCUUAGUGCCAAAUUGCAAUGGCUCUGUUUUGUUUUACCUGCACUUUUCUGUUUUCAUUUGGACACAGAAAUAUAUAUAUGCACACACUCUUAGACACACAUAUAUAUAUAUAUAUAUAAUUUUAUAUGCAAGUAAGUCUCAUGAUAUUUGUAAAGUGGAAAAACGUACAAAGAUGUAAUUAAAUGUUUUACUAAUAUAUAUUUUUGAUCAUAUAUGCCUGAAUAAAAAUCUAAAUAAUUA